UCGGGCGCUGAUUGGCCGCAGCCGCCGGGGUGGGCGGGGCGAGGCGGGCAGAGCGGGAAGAGGAACCGGCGGCGAUGGCGGCGGCGCUGGAGCGCGCGCGGGGGGUGCUGGUGGCUCUUGAGGCUGCCCUGGCCUUGGAGGAAGAGGACAGCGAUGUCCCAGUCCCAGUCCUUGUGGAGCAUCUGAUGGACACCCGUCGGAAGCAGAAGCUGCUCCUGGCCCAGCUGCGGGUCCUGCAGCUCCUCCUGGGGCUGGUUGAGAGCCCGGGCCCCCCCCUGCCCCCCCCCCGCCUGCGAGAGGCGGUCUCAGAGGCGCGGGGCCGCUGGCAGGAGCUGAAGCGUGGCUAUGGGGGGGCCGUGGAGGCGCUGGGGGGGGCCCUGCCCUCGGCCCUGGCCCAGCUCGAGAAGGGGCAGCGGCUGCUGCAGAGGCUGCGGGGGGCCCUGGAGGGGGCCCGCGAGCGACAG